GGCCAAUCGCCAUUAUCAUGGGCUGCCCGUCAGGGGCAUGAAAAGGUAGUCGCACUGCUUCUCGAUACGGAAGUCGACGUCGAUAUAAGAGACCAAUAUGGCCAUACACCACUCUUACGGGCUAUUCAGUAUGGAUAUGAGGCGGCAGUUAACUUACUCGUGAUCAUAGGUUAUGCCGAUGUCAAUGGAACAGAUGAGCAUGGUCGAACGCCACUCUUAUGGGCUACUCAGCAUGGAAAACAGGAGGUGAUCAAGCUGCUUCUCGACACGGGCAAGGCAGAUGUGGAUAGAAAAGAUCAUUUUGGCCAAACACCACUUCUCUGGGCUUCUCGGCAUGGGAUUGAGACGGUGGUGAAGCUUCUUGUGGACACAGGUAAGGCCGAAGUCAAUGGGAAAGAUCAAUGUGGUCGGACACCACUCUUAUUGGCUGCUCAGCAUGGGCAUGAGGCGGUGGUUAAGCUUCUUCUCGAUACAGGCAAGGUCGAUGUCGAUGCAAAAGACCAACGCGAUCGAACACCACUCUCAUGGGCUGCUGAGGAGGGGCGUCUGGUCGUAGUCGAGCUCCUUAUGGAAACAGGCAAGGUCGUCGUGGACAGACAAGAUCAAUGUGGUCAAACGCCACUCUCAAGGGCUGCCCAGCAGGGACAUGAGGCGAUUGCGAAGCUUCUCAAGUACUCAUAG